CGCUGCCCGACGGGCCGUUUGACGUCAGCAUCAAUGCAGACAUGCAGUUCCUGUACGCCCCUUCAAAAUAAGACGUCUCGAUGAAGCGGUGAGAAGAGCAGAGGUGAAAAACAUCUCCAGGUUUAAAGAAGAUGCUUGAUGUAGCUGAGGACUGCCUGUCCUGCCCCGCCCUCCCCCCUAUAAAUUACUGCAAACAGCAUCACCGCCUCCACUUGUACAGCUGAAGACAGCAGAAAGCUUCCUCCACCUGAGCAGCUUGUUGGAGACGAGCAGCUUGUUGGAAACAGCAGUGAAGAUGAAUCUCCUGCCCUGGAUGAUGCUGGUGUUCCUGCUCUCAGCUGGGACCAGUUUGGCUGAUGUGGACGUGAACUGGCUGGCUGGGAUUGUAGAGGCCAUCAGGACAGAGUACAAGAUAAACGGACAGUUCUGUCUGGCCGCGAACAUCCCACUGAGCGAAGACCAAAACGCGAUUGGUAACGCCCUACAGUUUGACCGCUACAGUGGAAAUGUUAAAGACAUGAUUAAUGGGGGUGAUGUGUAUGAAAGCCAGACAGUGGUCAUAGCCAAACCUGCAGGACCUGUACACGCAGAACCUCAAGUUCUGCAAAAGUUGAGCACAUUGAGGAGAAACAGUGAGGGAAACUUCCUGCUCAUCUACUCUUACCUCUCCCCAUGUGGAGACAAGUGUGCAAACCCAGACAAUCAAAAGCACAACAUCCUUCAAUACUUUAGAAACAAUGCCCUUGCACCUUGGAAAAAUAGUUAUGCCUUUGUGUUUACAAGAGUCUUUGAUCAGCCCAACUUUGGUGAUCCUCCUACCAAAGAGGAUUUGAAAAGACAGCUCGGGAGUUCCGGGCUUGGUCUCAAAAACAUUUUCCGCUGUUUUGGUGAAAAUACAGAAUUAGAGUGCCACAGCUGCUCCUCUCAGGGAAGAGUUUCAAAUGUUUGUAUUAAUAACAACUGGCCUCAAGGCGGAGGAAGCAGCAGCAGCAGCAGAAGUAGCAGCUACAACAGAGGGCAAGGCAGCAGCAGCAGUAUAGGUGUCAGAAAGAGCAAAGACAACAAGAAAUAUAGACAUAGAGACAGAAGCAGAAGUAAAAGCAGCAGUAUAAGUGGCAGAAGGACCAGAGACAACUGAGUGAGGAGCAGCAGCAGCAGCGGGUAGAGCAGUUCAGGGCUUUUUUGUACAGUCAGAUGUUUCUGGUCCCAGUAUAAGUGGUUCCCACUGAGAUAAUCCCAUUAAAACAACAUUUGAUCAUCACGAUGUAAAAACUUUCAUUUCAUGCUACACAAAGAACAGUACUUAGUGAAUUAUCUUGUGGCAUGUUAUAUAAUAAUGAACGAUUACAUGUUUAAUAAUGAUCAUAUUUUAUAGUUUAGAUGCCUCCUGUUCUCUGUGAAUUCACAACAUUUUUAUUUUCCCAAAAGUCAAAGCAAGGACCUGUUAUUGUGCUGCAUGGUCAUUUUGAAUAAAGCUUGAUUCAGCAUCAAA